AGGCGUUUCCGUUUCCGUCAGCCAUUAUCGAGUUGUUCGUUCGCCGGGUCUGAGUUAGGUCACAGUGAAUGAAAAAUCAAAUUAUUUUCAAAGUCUCUCUUAAUUGAGAGAUAACUACUCAAGCGUAUACCACCACGUAGAUUCUUCGACGGAUUCCUACAAAGCACGAAGAUGCAGUACAACGGAUUCCACAAUCAACACCCAAUUUACAGACCUCGACCAGACCGGAAUGAACAAUUCGGUAAAAUGCCAUUUUUUAAUGGUCUACAUGAUUUUGGCGGGCCAAAAAAUUUUGGUGGCCCAAGGAACAACAAUCUUGGCAACAAAAACAACUUCAGGCCAAGGAAUGAUUUCAACGGAAUGAGGAAUGAUAUGAAUAAUCAAAAGAAUGAUGGAAACCCGAAUGAUUUUGGAGGACCAAAAGAAUUUAGGCCUAGGAAUAAUUUCAACAACCAAGUUCAGAAGAAAGAAUAUGAUGGAGGACUAAAGCCUGGUGGCAGCAUGCAGAUUUACAACCCCAGAAAUGAUUUUGGCGGUCCUAAGCAGCAAAACUUCCAGAAGAACAAUUUUGGCCCUAAAAAUUUCAACAAUCAGACUCCCAACAAUGGCCAAAAUUUUGUUGCGAAAAAAGUUUUUACGCAGAACCCUGGACAGCAACCUAUGGAUUUCAAUGCUCGUAAAUUGCAGAGUAAGAAAGCUAAACAUCCAGGUGACAGUUUAGUAAAGCCAAUCUGGGAUUUAAGUAACCUUGAACCUAUUCAGAAAGACUUCUACAAACCCCACCCCAAUGUUGAGAAUCGCACUGAUGAUGAAGUUCAGAUGUUCCGUGCGGAAAAAGAAAUAACAGUGAGCGGUAAUAACAUUCCACGCCCUAAUCAAAUGUUUGAUGAGGGUAAUUUCCCUGACCAUGUCAUGACCACUAUCAAGGAGCAAGGAUGGACUGAGCCGACUGGCAUUCAAGCUCAGGGUUGGCCAAUUGCUCUGUCUGGUCGUGACAUGGUGGGCAUUGCUUCAACUGGUUCGGGUAAAACCUUGGCCUACAUGCUGCCUGCUGCUGUGCACAUUGUACAUCAACAAAGAAUUCAAAGGGGUGAUGGACCCAUUGCUCUCAUCUUAGCACCUACUCGUGAACUGGCUCAACAGAUUCAAUCUGUUGCUCAGGCUUACAGUGCAAGGGGCUGCAUCAGGAACACGUGUCUCUUUGGAGGGUCUCCCAAAGGACCUCAAGCUAGAGAUUUGGAGAGGGGAGUAGAGAUUGUUAUUGCGACACCUGGACGAUUGAUUGACUUUUUGGAACGAGGCACUACUAAUUUACGUCGAUGCACUUAUCUAGUCUUGGAUGAAGCUGAUAGAAUGUUGGAUAUGGGUUUUGAGCCUCAGAUUCGUAAGAUUAUUGAGCAGAUUCGUCCCGACCGCCAAGUGCUGAUGUGGUCUGCCACCUGGCCAAAAGAAAUCCAAGCUCUGGCUGAAGAUUUUCUUAAUGAUUACAUCAAAGUAAACAUUGGAUCAUUGAACUUGUCUGCCAAUAAUAAUAUAAAACAGAUCAUUGAAGUAUGUGAAGAACAUGAAAAGGAGGGCAAGCUGACUAACUUACUAAAGGAGAUUGCUUCUGAGAGGGACAACAAAGUUAUUGUAUUUGUGGAGACUAAGAAAAAGGUGGAUGACAUCGCGCGUAGUGUACGAAGAAAUGGCCACAAAGCCCUCGCUAUUCACGGAGACAAGUCGCAACCGGAACGAGAUGCUGUCCUCAGCGAAUUCAGAAAUGGUGCCACUGCCAUCCUUAUUGCAACUGAUGUGGCUGCACGUGGUCUGGACGUUGAAGAUGUCAAGUUUGUCGUCAACUUCGAUUAUCCUAAUUCAUCUGAGGAUUACAUCCACAGGAUCGGUCGCACUGGGCGUUGCCAACAGUCUGGAACAGCAUACACUUAUUUCACAAGUGGAGACUGCCGUCAGUCACGCGCUUUAGUCGCUGUCUUGCGUGAAACGGGACAGAACCCACCCGCUAAACUUAAUGAAAUGGCGCGCAACAACAAUAACAACUCUGGACGUAACCGCUGGCAGCAACGCAAGGAAAACAACAGCGGAUCUAGCUCACCGCGUCAACAAAACAACCAAUGGAAUAACAAAAUGGCUUCAGUGGUGAAUGAGGAAGUGCCCAACACUUAUCAAAACCGAAACACCAACCAGCAACCACCACGUUUCAACAAUCAAAACCAGAAUAACCAGACUUACAGGCAAAAUAAUUACCAGAAGCAGCAAGUUCCAUUCCCCAGCCCAAAUGUCUUCGAGUCCAUGGGUAGCUACCAAGGAGGAUACAACAAUGGAUACCAGAAUGGAUACAACAAUCAAAAUGCUUAUGGACAGCGUCCUUACAACAAUGCGCGCAAUGGAAACCAACAGUACCGCAACAAUAACACGAAUGGAAACAAGUCGGGUGGAUCUGGUUCGUCGUUCGGUUCUCCUCCGCCCCACUUUGCCACACCUCCCCACUUCCCACAGAUGCAUCCCCACCACCAGGAUAUGCUUGGUGGCAAGUUCUACGGCGGCGGCGUGGGCGGCGGCGGGCCGUGCGGCUACCAGGCGGCCGUGGGCGCCAGCGUGCCCUACGCGCACCUGCCCCCCGGCCCGCUCCUGUACGCGGCUCCGGUCCAACAGUAAAUUUUCUCAUUCCCGCAUCAUCUCCCCACAUGAUAUGCCGACAGAAGCUAAUUGUGGCUACGUCGUUUAGCUAAAAAUCUCACUGUCUCUCUAAGCAAAAUGGAUGUCUCAGGAUUUCAGUAAACGAUUCGAGUACUUAGAAUUUUUAACGUUAGAUUACUGAAUGUUAAAUGUUGACCAUGCGGGGCGUUGAGUUUUUUCUUAUGAUAUUUCAAUUUUAUUAUUUUGAUUAGAAUAUAUUGUAGAUCUGAAUGAAGCUUACGAAAUUAUUCACGAUAUGGAUAUAGACAAUGUUGAUUAUCUUGAUGUCUUUCCUUUUAUCACAUGGUCAUUUUUGUCAUAAGAAAGAGUUACAUUAAUGCACCACUUUGAUGUUUUGUGAAUUAUCUUCAGAUCAAUUUGAAUUAACAAGUAUAAUAAAUGUGUGUUAGUAGUAUAAGGGAUCAUAUUCUUCAAUUUGCCACAUUCGCUUUGCCAUGAUAACAAUAAUUAAUUCAAUCACUAUAAUAGUAGUAUUGUAAGAGACAAUUUGACUCAAUGCUGUAGCAACAUUGUCUUAAGAAUAAAGGAAAAAAUAUUUUGAGGUACCUGAUUAAUUAAAUUGGAAAUUGUUACUAAAAUUCCAGUAGAUGUUUUAAAAUAUUGUUGUAUGGUAGGUACUUGUCAAAAUGUGAAUGUGGCAGAUGUUGAAUAUGAAAUCCAAUGUAAGUUUGGUGGAACAUUAAGAUAAUUUGUCUGUUCUACCUUUAGAUUUAAUCAUUAUAUUUUAGAGUAGUCGGUGUGGGUACCCUCUUUGUGUAAUCCCGGGUGCCUUUCGUUUUUCUUUCAAAUGUCUGUAUGAUGUACGAAAUGCACGAAACAUAUAGAAGAUGAGUGAAAUUAUAGGAGAAGGAUUCAGAGGAAAGUGUUAUCUGAGAUAUUUUAUAUAAAUUAUUUUUAUUGUUAAUGAUUGAUCUUAUCCAGUGAAAAGUGGGACAACUUAGUAUUUAGAAAAAUUAAUACUUAUACGCGUUGAAUUAAAAAGCUUUUUGAUAUACUUCAUUAUAACAAUCUGUAUUGCCAGAUAAAAUUGUGAAUAUUUUUCUUAUGUAAAAAUGAUGUCAAUGACAUUUCAAGUCACUGAUUUCAAGGUUAUUUUUUUAUUGAAGAUUAGAUCUUGAUAAUACUUGAAUAUUUAUGUCUAGGAUAUAUUAGUCUGCGUCAAUUGGGCAUAGACAACAGAUGGACUAUGAAAAUGUUCACAGUGGAUUUUACCAUACUCAAAAAUGUAGAAAGUAUGUAAAUAACAUGCAUUUAUCUUAGGAAGAUUAGUAUUUUGAGCGUGUUAAACAGAUAAAUAAUCGAACAAUGAUUGCUUUCAUUUCUUAGCAGAAUAAGUAUUUUCUUCAUAUUGUUUUUCGAUUAUUUUAUAUGAUAUGGUUUCAGAUAAUUCAUCUAGUUAAUUGCUGGAUUUUCUUUGUACGUAAACGGGUUCUAAGGGCUCAUAAUAUCCAUAGGUACAAAUUGUCUACUAAAUCAGUUAAUGUGUGUAGAUGCCCGUUACUGUCCAAAGAUUUGAAAAAUCUGUGAUAUGUCAUUUAACUAUAACCUGUCGUUGCGUUGUUGGUCAAUUUUGAUAAAUACAAAGGGCACUUUCCUGCAUUUGGGAUGUGUUUUAGACAAAAAUAUAUUUUUUGACUAUUUGAACGGAUUUCACGAAUGUUUGUGACAUCAAAGCUCGCAAGUCGUUCACAGAUAUAAUAUAAUGAUAUGAUAGGUGUAAGAUUUAAUAAUUUAUUGUUAUUCAAUUUAGUUUUCAGUUUACCUUUAGGUGACGAAAUUGAACCAGUUCAAAGGGACGUAAACGUUAUUAUCUAUAUAGGAAUCCCGUUUUUAAGUGCAUCUCGGUUUAUGAUGUUAAAGCUACGGGUCUUGAGCGGAUAUAAGGGGUGAACAUCGUGUUCGUGAAUCUCGCGUUUGUAAUUACAUUUAGAAUGCGAGAUUUGCUUUGUUAUUUGUGUACAUUUUACGAGAAAGACUGCCAUGAAAGGAUGUGUAUAUGUGGUGACUCAUCUCAGAGGUGAUUUCAUAAGUGCUAACCUGUCCACGGGAGGUCGUCGCUGAUUUUAUUCGGACUGAUAGGAUUUUUGUCUGAAGUAGUGUGUGCUCUGGGCGGUAGGAGGAAGUAUGCCGGGUUAGGGUUCAUGCGUAUAAGUGCGGCAAACAAGUGUCGUUUCUCGAGUAUGGUCGCGGAACGCAGGUAGCUCCUGUAUUAUUAUGUACAAAGUACUGCACCCACCUCUACUAAACAACUGUGAUAAUAACACUAAGUAGCGUAGCAGGCGAUUUAUAUACUAGUUACGUCCAAGAGAAGGGAUGACAUCAUAUCUGACAUACUGUAUUGUGAUAAUAAUAUAUCAAGGCGUAACCACUUCGGUACGUUUUGACUAAACGUUUUCUCUAAACAAGACUGAUUAUUUCUUAUUGAUAAAUAUUUUAUACAUGUUCCACUUUGACUGAAUGAAUUAAGGUUAUUGGUAGAAUUCUUCUCUUGCUGUGUGUUUUACUUAUUAAAAUUUUUUUUGAGUAUUCACUAUGUUGGAUAUGUGUCAAAAAGCCUUUCUAUACGGUCACCAAAUUGAUAUAAAAUAUUCUCAUUUGUGUUAUAUUCAUUAAUUUCUAAUUCCUUUGUUGUGAUGGAAAAUGUUGUUGACAAAUUAUGUAGCAGCGGCAGUAAACUACAUUGUAGAGUAUAUUAUUUUUGUUGUUAAUUUGCAAAUUUUUAUUUAUUCAACCAUUAUUUCAUAGGCAAUCGUACUUUCAUGCUUUACUAUAAGAAGUUGUUUUUCAAAAACUACAAGUACGCGAAAAAUAUACAUAGAUUUUUAAGUAUGUGGCAAUGCAGAUCUUCAUAAAUA